AGAGAGAUUGUGUGUGCGCGUGCGCUCGUAAGUGAAAGUGAGAAUUGGUAGGUGUGGAAUGGGGGAGGGGGGUUUAAGGAGAAAAAAGGUGGUUGAGUGAAUGGGCAGGGAGGUAAGUUGAUUCUAUAUCGGUUAGGAAGCUGUUAGUUUAGAUGCUGUAGUUGUCAAGCAUGGCAAGUAAAUUAAUGGAUUUUGUCGAACAAACUAAGCACUUGUUGCUGUUACUACUAAUUCUUGCCUCUCUGUGCGGUACCAUUAGCAGCACUACCAGCUCCACCAGCAUUACCAUCGCCACUACGACAAACACCAACUACAAUGUCCACAACGGGGCCAGUAUCACCACCACCACCACCGCUACAAAAUAUUUCCAUAGCUUAUUUCUGGAUCCUUACGAAAAGUACCGUUUGUCGUGGAAGUUUAAUAAAUGUUCGAUCCAGUUUCAAGUUCGGGUGAAUUCCACAGGAUACGUUGGGUUCGGUUUAUCGCCGGACGGUAGCAUGAGAAACUCCGAUAUUAUAAUUGGCGGCGUAAAAGAUGGAAAACCUUACUUUUCGGAUUACCAUGGCAUUAGAAAUGGGAAGCCGAAGAAAGACAAAAUAAGAAAUUGGAAGUUGAAAGCAUUUGAUGAAGACGAAGGUUUUACAACACUUGUAUUUUCAAGGAAAUUCGAAACAAAUGAUAUACAUGACAUGAAUAUCACGACAAGUACGAUGCGGGUUAUUUGGUCAUUUGGAGAAAGUGAUGAUAUUACUUACCAUAAUGUGAAGAACAGAGGAACGAAAAGUUUGUAUCUUCUUCAAAAACCACAGCCUGACAUCACUAUGCCGAAAGAUGGCACGAAAAUUAAUUUCUUAAUGAAUAUGCUGCCAGUCCCAGAAAAACACACGACUUAUUGGUGCAAAUCGUUCAUUGUUCCGAGGUUUUCUGAACGAAAACAUAUCAUACAGGUGUCACCAAAGAUACAAAAGGGCAACGAGAUGUUUGUACAUCAUAUGCUGCUAUACGAAUGCUUCAGGCUGAACAUUUCGGCGAAUCUUACCACCGAGAACGAAUGCUACCUACCAAAUAUGGCAUUUGAUUGGACACACUGCAGGAGUGUUUUCUACGCAUGGGCGAUCGGAGGAGGCAAAUUUACUUUUCCUGAACAAGCUGGAAUGUCAAUAGGAACAUCAAAUGAUCCAGUAGCUUUUAUUUUGGAAAUCCACUACGAUAAUCCUUUAAAUCUAAAAGGCCAUUUCGAUUCUUCCGGCAUAGAAAUGAUUCUGACCCCAGCACAUAGAAAAUACGAUGCAGCUAUGGUUGAGAUAGGAUAUUACGUCGAUGCCAAGAAGUCUCAGUUUUCACAACUCAUUCCACCAUUCGUGCGUAACUUCAGGUACUUCGGUUACUGCCUGCCCAACUGCCAGCAACAUUUAAGAAGAUCGAGUUUUCCAAGGCGAUGGAAAAUACCGGGAAUCAAAAUAUUCGGAGUGCUUCUUCAUUCUCAUCUACUUGGCCGGCAAAUGGCUCUUCACCAUUAUCGGAACGGCACAAUACUACCACCUAUCGUCCAAGAUUCAAGUUAUGAUUUCAAUUACCAGGAAAUGAAAUUUCUUCAUCGCCCAGUUACUGUUUUAAUGGGAGAUAUAUUGAAAGUGGAAUGCGUGUAUGAUUCUACAAACAUCAGAAAUUUUACUUAUGGCGGCCAAUCUACAAAAGAAGAGAUGUGCUUGGCGUAUAUUUUAUACUACCCCAAAAUCAACCUCACAAAUUGUUUAAGUGCGAGUGAAUCUAAUCAAUGGAAGAUCGAAGAAACCGGCAAUCUCAACUUUGAAAGAUUCAAAAAUGAAAAUGUUGUGAAAGAAUUUGAAAGAAAGGCGAAUUCUCUUAAUCCUUACUCUUCCUUGUGGUCCAUCUGUGGACAGAGGGGUGAGAUUAAAUUUCAAGGACCUCAUUUUACAGAUCAUAUCCCGGAAGAUACCUCACCAAUGUCAAUGUUUUCACCAAAAAAGUCUGUUUGUAAGCGACGAUUUGCCCCAAGGAAACCAAAGACAACAACCACAAAGACGGAAAUGUUCACAUCACUGUUAACAUCGACUACAGAAGAAAGCCAAGGGCCAGUACAUCACAUUAAUGUUUUCUUAUUGACAUUCCCUCUGAUCAUCAACUAUGAACUCACCAAAUUGUUAUAGUGACCAAAGUGUAUUGGAACAAAUAAUUAUUUAAAUAAACACAAAACCCAAUUUAAA